AUGGCGAUUGUGUCUGGCUCCUGCGGCAGUGUGAACGCCGCGAACGGGCCCUCUUUCACGGCCACGCCAGGCUCGGGCCUCGGCAGUCACUCGCAGCCCAUGGUGGUGGUGUGGGAGUGGCAGGACGACCAGGGCCAUUGGAGACCCUACAGCGGGCAGGUCAGCGCCUACAUAGAGCGGUGUGUGUGUCCUCCGCUGACGGGAGCCGGCCUCACCAACAUCUGCCUGGGACACUCCGACCCGCGCCUGGCCCACUAUCUCAUAGACAUCCCAGGACGCAAGCAGUUUCGCCAGGACACAGGAAAGACGCGCUCUGUCCGCCGCUCCCUCUUUGCUCAGUCGUCAGGCCUGGGCAGUGGUGUCUUCUGGGAAUGGGCCAAUGACGAGGGGACAUGGACCCCAUAUGAGACUCGAACCUCCAUCCUGCUGGAGCACAGCUACCAUGCUCGCCAGGGAACUGCAGACCUGGCGUCUCAUGGCUAUAACUACAUAGUGGACCUCACAUCACUGACCCAGGUCAACAAAUCCACUGGCUUCAGAAGGCAGGUGCGCCGCCAGUGUAACCUCCCAUACCCUCUAGCCCCCUCUGGGGUCUCCUCUGGAGUCUCCUCUGGGGCCUCCUCAGGGGCCUCUGGAUCCUCCACUGGGGCCCCUCCUGGACACACCUCUGCCUCCUCUGGACUGUCCUCUGGAGUCCCUGGACUUUCUUCAGGACCCUCUUCUGGGGUUUCUGCACUCUCCUCUGGAAUCUCCUCUGGGGCCCCUUCCCGGCUCUCCUCUGUGUCCUCUGGUCCCGUUAGUCUGGUUACAGGGGCCCCUGGGAACCCUUCAUCCAUGGCUUGCUCCUGUCAGCAGUGUGUAAGUCACAGCAGCACAGGGCCCAUGUCCAAUCGCUCACGUCACUCGUUAUCCUCUAUGAAUCUAACUCGCCCCAGUCUGCAGAGCAGUGGAAGGACUACGGCCGCUCACCCCACCUCUGUGUACUCCCCGUACCCCAGGAGGCCUCUGUCUGUGGGCAGUGUGUCCUGGGGAAGCCCCUGGCUCCCACCGACUGCUGCUGGUCAUCCUUCCUUACCUCAUCCACACAGCUCCUCCAGUGGGAUGAGUGUUCCUUCUGUUUCUGUCCAUCUGAAUGGCUCCAACAGUGUGAGCUCUGCCUUGGCAGGCAUGGCCUCCAUUUUGAUGUCGGCGGUGGGCCUGGGCGUGCACUUCCAUGGCGCCGCCCUACCUCAGCAGCCUCCUCCUCCGCCCGCCGCGCUCCAGCCUGUGCCCGUCCCUCCUGCCGCCCGGCCCCACACCAGCAGUUCAGUUAGAAGCACAAAGAGGCAGCUGAGGAGAGCCUGUGGUCAGAGGCCGGAGGAGGUGAUCCAGAGAUACAUGGAGGUGGUGGUGGGAGUGCCUGACGAGGACUGCAUCAUCUGCAUGGACCAGCUCUCCAACCCUUCCACGUACGAAGCCGCAGCCAAAGAAGAGCGCAGCCCGGUCAUCGAAGCCGCCGCCGUGGGGAAGUUCAUCAAGUGCGGCCACACGCUGCACAUGCUCUGUAUGCUCGCCAUGUACAACAACGGCACAAAGGACGGCAGCCUGCAGUGUCCCUCCUGUAAGACGAUCUACGGCGAGAAGACGGGGACGCAGCCCAAGGGCAAGAUGGAGAUCUACAGCAUCUCUCAGUCUCUGCCGGGGCAUCCGGACUGCGGAACCAUCCAGAUCAUCUACAGCAUCCCUCCAGGAAUACAGAGUCCAGAGCAUCCAAACCCAGGACAGCCGUACUCCUGCAGAGGCUUCCCCAGAUUCUGUUUCCUCCCAGACAACGGCAAAGGACGCAAGGUGCUGGAGCUGCUGAAAGUGGCCUGGAUGCGGCGCCUGAUCUUCACCGUGGGGACGUCCAGCACCACCGGAGAACCCGAUACGGUCGUGUGGAACGGCAUCCACCACAAAACGGAGAUGAUGUCCAACCUGUCGGGACACGGCUACCCGGACCCCAACUACCUGGACAAUGUGUUAUCGGAGCUGGCCUCGCAGGGGAUCACGGAGGACCUUCUGCAGGCGCACAGCUGA